GUGGAAACAAGUGGACCGAGUCGGACUCGAGCUCUCUGGUGAAUGACACCUGAGGCACAACUUCGACUUGGUGGCUUCCUGCUCGUGUGAAGCAGUUCUUUGAGGAGGAGACGAGUUUCCUCUGGAGGUCGGGCUCUUUCGGCUGUUUGAAAGGUUUCCUGAUUAAUCGAUUGAAAAAAACAAAAUCAAAAUCAGAAGCGGGUACUUCUCAAUAUGGAUACGACGUCGAAGCUGCCAUAUUGUCUUCAGCGUUAAACUUUGUUCCUCCGGGAUUAAAAGAGGACACCCUGAAACGCAGCUGACCCUGGGAGGUCAGGCGCUCUCUGACCCUGAUCCCCCCCCCCCCCCCCUGCAGGAGGACAUGGAGGUCCUGCGGCAGUCCUCUGUGCUGGCUGCGGAGGUCCUGGAUGUGUUUGACCGAUCGUUGACUGAGAAGGAGCUGGUGACCCAGUCCAAAGCCCUGUGCCGAGACUAUAUCCUGUUCAGACUCCACCAGAAUGGACUGGGCUGGUCCAAAAAUGAACUCCACCUCUCGCCGUCACAUGCGGCGCUCGCCGAGGCGUCGUUGGUGCUUCUCUGUCUUGGCGACGAGCUAGAGUGCAUACGGCCCAGUUUGUACAGGAACGUGGCACGUCAGCUCAACGUCUCUGUUGCCAUGGAGAACAUGGUUCCGGAUGCCUUCAUCAGCGUGGCAACACAGAUCUUCUCAACAGGUAUCACAUGGGGGAAGGUGGUGUCCAUGUAUGCAGUAGCCGGAGCCCUGGCAGUGGACUGUGUCCGACAGGGUCAUCCAACCACCGUUCACAUCUUGGUGGACAGUGUGGGACAGUUUGUCCGCAAGUUUCUGGUUCCCUGGCUGAAGAGACGGGGAGGAUGGGCGGAGAUCACAAAAUGUGUGUUGAAGAAGGAUCUCCCCCCUGAGCACCACUGGCUGUCGUCUGUCGUAGACUCCCUGAAGUACUUCCUCACUACAGUGUACGUCUACAUCAUGAAGGAGUCGUGAAGGAGCGCAGAUCGUUGAUAUGAGAGCAUAUCUCAGACUUGUUAAUCAUAAUGGAUGCAGUCGAGAUGGUCGCUGGGCCUGCCGGCGCUGAAUGGCCAUCAACAAAUGUUUUAUCAGCAUCAUGUGUGUGUCGUCUCGGAUAAGUGAUUACCUCCAUCCAAAGAGUCGUCGCUGUGAUAUUUAAGAGCAUACAUGGCAACGGAAAAAAAGGUUUGUGUCCCUCCACCUCUUCUACACACUGUGGCGCUGCUUUCACCGGUGCAGAAAGCCUAUAGCGGUGUAGCUGUAGUGUGUGCGUGAGAGAGAGAUGGUUGUCAGGUUGCACUCCUGAGAGAAACUGUCCGAUGAAUCGAUUUGAUGUUGGUCUCAGUAAAUAUACCUGAAGGGAGAAUGACUGGGAUAAUUUAAAUUUGAUGCUCAGCUGGCUGGGUGUUGUGAGUUUGAGACGUGUUGAUCUAUCGGACAUCACCACGACGGCCCGAGCAGUGUCUCUUCCAGGAUAUGAUUCAACUUUCUGCUGCAAUUUUAGACACGAUUGACCGAGAAAUGUGAAGUCUCAUUUUUUUUUGGUCAAAGAAGAAUGUUACGAACUGCCUCCACAUUAUUUUGGUUACAUUUAUUUCCUUUAAAAAGUCUGUAAAUAUUUUUUAUCCAUGAUUCCUUUUUCUUUUUUUAAAAAGUCUUUAUUUUCGUUAUGACUAACAAUUGAAGCCACUGCAGUAUAACGACAAGGGCUCUACUGGAUGAUUGUGUGGUACGUUUGAUGGUUGUCACUUUUACAGGGUUAAUUUAUAAAUGUGUGUCUGAAUGUUUCUUUUUUUUACGUCCAUAAUAAACCUAAAAUCUUCA